UUCUUAUUCAGUUCAGUAUAUAUGUGUGUCUUCUCACUUCUCAGCUCUGUUUUGUUGCCGAGAAAGUGAAGGAAAUAUAUGGACGAAGAUUUUUCAAUUUCAAAGUUUUGAAGCUUCAUGCUUAUUAUGUAGAAAGUGACUUAUUUUAUUUUUAACGGAGCCGAAAGAAAAGACUAGUUUGGCUCAACAUUUUUUUUUUUUUUUUCAGCUCUUUCCCCCAUUUUCUUAGCAACCAAACAAAGAGGGGUUGUCUUUGUUCGCGCCUUUUAAUAUUUUUAAUUAAGGACUGAUUAAGCUCUCUUUUAUGAUAGUGAAAUUAGCGAUUUUAUUGGCUGUGAGUUCGGGAAACCGGUCCACUAAAGCAUGUUGUGAGAGGGUAGUUCAUUUUCUGGCGAGUCUGUGUUUCUGGAUUUUGAAGAUUUUUAACUUUGAAAAAGACAAAAAAAUGGAGAAUAUGAGCUCUUCAUCGACUCAGUUUGCCACCUCAAGACAGAUGGGGAUAUAUGAACCAUUCCGACAGGUUUCCAUGUGGAAAGACACGUUUGGAGGUGAUAAUCUCUCAUAUACAGGUGCUUCAACAAUUGGAGAGGUGGAUGCUAAGCUAGAAAAUAAGUUCGAAUUGGUUUCUCAUGAAUCUGUGCAACCUUCUGGAAAUGAUGAAGAAGGAAAUAAAUCUUCUGAUAAGGCACAAAGAAGACUUGCACAAAAUCGUGAAGCUGCAAGGAAAAGUCGUCUGCGGAAAAAGGCUUAUGUUCAACAACUAGAAACAAGUCGUUUGAAGUUGGCACAAUUGGAGCAGGAACUUGAGAGAUCUAGGAAGCAGGGUUUGUAUGUAGGCAGUCCAUUAGGUACUAGUCACGUAGGAUUUUCUGGAACUGUGAACUCAGGGAUUAUGGCAUUUGAGAUGGAAUACGGGCACUGGGUUGAAGAGCAACACAAACAGAAUUGUGAACUUAGAAAUGCUCUGCAAGCUCAUGCAGCUGAUAUACAACUUCGUAUGCUAGUGGAAAGUGCCUUGAACCAUUAUUAUAGUCUUUUCCGCAUGAAAGCAGAUGCCGCUAAGGCCGAUGUCUUCUAUUUAGUAUCUGGCAUAUGGAGAACAUCAGCAGAACGCUUCUUCCUCUGGAUCGGAGGAUUCCGCCCAUCUGAGCUUCUGACUGUUCUCUUGCCUCAAAUUGAGCCGUUGACUGAUCAGCAAGUUCUGGAUGUUGGUAACCUUCAACAUUCAUCUCAGCAGGCUGAGGAUGCUCUCUCACAGGGAAUAGAUAAACUUCAGCAGUCUCUCGCCCACACCAUGGCUGCUGAUCCAAUGAGUGGGGAUACUUACGGAUCUCAGAUGGCUGCUGCAGUUGAGAAGUUGGAUGAACUAGAGAGUUUUGUAAGUCAGGCAGAUCACCUUCGAGAACAAACGCUUCGGCGAAUGUCCUCCAUCCUAACGACUCACCAAGCCGCUCGAGGCCUGCUUGCUUUAGGGGAGUAUUUUCGCCGUCUUCGUGCCUUAAGUUCGCUAUGGGCAGCUCGUCCUUGUGAACCGGUCUGAUAAAUCAUAUAACCACUUUCAUCUGCAGAAAAUUUCUAAAGCAAUUUCUCGAAGCUUGGGAAGAUAUUGUGAUGCUUAAAUAUCUGUGUAUUAUGAAGAAAAAAACGUAAGAUAUUUAAGUUGAUAUAGGUUACAUGUUCCAUGGUAGCUUGUUGGGGCCUUUUUGUUGAGCAAUGCAAAUUUCAAUUACCAAAAAAAAAAAAUUCUUGUUGGGUAGGUUUAGUUUCAAAUGCCAGAGAUUAUGUUUAAUGGGUUAGUGCUGUUUACCUUGUAAAGUAGUUUAAGAUAAAUUAUAUCAAUCUUAAGCAUUUAUACUUAUAAUUUCUUUUGAUUCCAAAAA